AUGGCUAAACCACCCUCGGAUACAAAUGGCUUGGGUUAUGCCUAUCACUUGCCAUCCGGUGGCCUCUUGCUGCGCCUUAAGAAUUCCCUCUCGCAAUUCAGUGAUUUAUUUAGUGAAUUUAAUAAAUAUAUAGCACCAGCAUAUCAUCAUGAUCGUUGUGAACGUUCCGUUCAUAUGCGUUUGUAUUCAAUGCACAAACGUGAAUUUGUUAUGGUAUUUUUGGGAUUUUUCACCUGCUUCGGUUUGGGCAUAAUAAUUGGCCUGACCGGUCCACCGAUAACAAGCACAACGGAAAUAACCGCCAAGACAAUUUUGAAUCGUACAACAUUGGCGAAUUCAACGAGUGUUUUGGCGACGGGGCCAUUUGCCAUGAAAUCUCCCCUGAUGACAACGUAUUCCCAGCAGUUAUGGUUAAUAGCGAAAAUCGUAACAAAUAAUAAUGAUGAUGAAAAAUACGAUAAACGUUUCUAUGUGAGCGUUGGCAUCGAUGGUAUUACAGAACAGCACAAACCUUUGAGCAUACUCUCUUCCAAUAAUGUGCAUAAUCGGACAAGGCAUUUAUCAUGCAUACGCAACGAUUGUGAAGAGUUUACGGUAAUGCAUUUGGGAUUUUUGGAAUAUGCCCACUAUAUAAUUACGGUGCGAUUUUUUGGAUUGGAAUCGUUUCAUCAGAAAUACAAUAUAACGGGAAUAACAUUUUAUUUCAAAACAUAUAGCCCGGAAUUUACACAAAUUGAAAUCUGGUUCCGUUUUAUAUUUUUACUGUUUGCCUUUAUUGUGAUAUGUUGGUAUGCUCAUAGUUUGAGAAAAUAUCCCAUAUAUGAUUGGUCAAUAGAACAGAAAUGGAUAUCAGUACUCCUGCCAUUGUUAUUGUUAUAUGAUAACCCUUUUUUCCCAUUGAUAUUCCUAAUGAACUCAUGGCUGCCCGGUAUGUUGGAUGCUGUUUUACAGGCAACAUUCCUCUGUGCCCUCUUAAUGUUUUGGCUAUGCAUCUAUCAUGGUCUGCGACAAAAUGAACGCCGAUUUUUACGUUUCUAUUUGCCAAAAUUAAUUGUCGUAAUGCCGAUCUGGUUAUGCGCCAUUGUCCUGGCCACAUGGGAGAAAUGCAAUGAAUUGAAAGAUCCAACAUAUAGCCAUUUUGUGGAUACCAAAAAUUAUAAUGGUUUUAAAAUGUUCUUCUACAUCGCUGGCUGUAUGUAUAUUCUCUACUUAGCUAUGUUGAUCUUAAGAGCCUAUACAGAAUUGAGAUCAAUGCCGUUCUUUGAUAUGCGUUUAAAAUUCUUAACCCUGCUAAUGCUGUUUGUCAUAUCAAUAACCAUAACGGUGACUACGUGUCGUUUUGGUUUCGGCAUUCUGGAGGAUAAUUUUGUAGCAAGCUUAAAUACCACCUAUAAAAGUUCUGCACAAUUUAUGUGUUUCUAUGGCCUAUUAAAUUUUUAUCUAUUUACAAUGGCCUAUGUUUAUGCACCAAGUGGUAGAUUUUCGCAAGCUGAAAUUUCGGUUACCAAAGAUAAUCCAGCCUUUUCCAUGAUUAACGAUUCCGAUGAAGAAGUUGUCUAUGGCUCGGAAGAUGAGUCACGACGUCCCUUGACAGUGACUGGUAAAAACGAUUACGAUAGCGAUUAGUUUUACGAUGCAAAUUAAUU